AAGCCCAGGGGCGAGCGUGCGGACGGACAGACGGCCGGUGGGCGAUUGCAGUGCGAGCUCGGGCGUCGCGCCGGUUGCCGAUCGGGCCAGGGGCAGCGACUGACGCCGGCCACCGACAGGUAUCGCGAGCGGCAGCAGGCCAGGCGGAGCCUUCGCACCAGCAGCAGAUAAGCCGCGCUCCGGACCCCGCCCAACAAUGCUCAACAAUGAGCUGGAGCCGUGCAGCGGCAACGGCGGCGAGGGCAGUAUCGCCGGCGACGAGGACGAGAUGGUGGCCACAGAGCGCGACCUGGCCGAGGACGCGCAGUGGAAGCGCAUCCAGCAGAACACGUUCACCAGGUGGGCCAACGAGCACCUCAAGACUGUCGAGAAGCACAUCGGCAACCUCGAGAGCGACUUGUCCGACGGCCUCAGGUUGAUCGCCCUGGUCGAGGUGCUCAGCGGAAAGCGGCUGCCCAAGCACAACAAGCGGCCCAACUUCCGCUCGCAGAAGCUCGAGAAUGUGUCCGUGGCGCUCAAGUUCCUCGAGGAUGGAGAGGGCAUCAAAAUCGUCAACAUCGAUUCUACUGACAUUGUCGACUGCAAGCUCAAGUUAAUUCUCGGCCUAAUAUGGACGCUCAUUUUACACUACUCCAUUUCCAUGCCCAUGUGGGAGGGCGAAGAAGACUCGAACGAAAAGGGCGCCACUCCCAAGCAAAGACUUCUGCACUGGAUUCAAGCUAAAGUUCCUGACUUGCCGAUCAAAAACUUCACCGAUGACUGGAGCAGCGGAAAAGCGGUCGGCGCGCUCGUCGACGCUUGUGCGCCAGGUUUGUGUCCCGACUGGCCCGACUGGAACCCCACCGACUCGCUGCAGAAUGCUACCGAGGCCAUGGGACUGGCUGAUGACUGGCUCAACGUCCGUCAGUUGAUCAAACCCGAGGAGAUGAUCAACCCGAACAUCGACGAGAUGUCCAUGAUGACCUACCUGUCGCAAUACCCGAACGCCAAGCUCAAAACCGGCGCUCCGCUGCGGCCGAGGACGAACCCCAACAGCAUCCCUCCACCGCGAGUUCGCGCCUAUGGACCUGGUAUCGAGCCAACCGGCCCGGUCGUCGGAGCCCCCGCCAAUUUCACCGUGGAAACCUUUUCCGCGGGCAAGGGACAGGUCGACGUCACGGUCACGAAUCCAUCUGGAAAGCCUGAACCCGUGGACGUGCGUUUCAACAACGAUCGCAAUCUGACCUACAGCGUUUCGUACACGCCGCGCGACGAGGGCAAUCACAAAGUUUCGGUCAAGUAUGGCGGACAAGAAAUUCCCAAGUCACCAUACACCGUGCUGGUCGAGGGACACGCCGGCGACCCUUCAAAGGUCACCGUCUCCGGACCUGGCAUCCAGCCUGAAGGAGUUGUGGUCAGCAGACCCACCUACUUUGACAUCUUCACCAAAGGCGCGGGCAAAGGAGUUCCAGAGGUGAUCAUCCUCGACCCUGCGGGCCUGAAAAACACUGUGCCUGUCAAGAUCAGACAGACGAGUCCAGAUGAGUGGCGGUGCGAAUACGUUUCCACGGCAAUUGGUCUGCACUCUGUCAACGUUUUCUUCGCCGGACAGCCCAUCCCCAACAGUCCAGUCGGCGUCAAGGUUUCAGCUGUCUCUGACGCAAAGAAAGUCCGAGCUUCGGGACGCGGCCUCCAGCCCAAGGGUGUGAGGGUUCGAGACGAUGCGGACUUCAAGAUUUACACCGAGGGCGCUGGAGAGGGCAGCCCUGAAGUCAGGAUUAUUGGACCUGGUGGCGUGAACGAGCAAGUGAAAAUGCGCAAGGUGGACGGCACGACGUACGAGGUGGUGUACCAGCCGCGCAAGGAGGGCAGAUACAUGGUGAUGAUCACGUUCGCCGGCAAGGAGAUCCCGCGCUCGCCCUUCGAGGUGGCCGUCGGGCCGUACAAGGAGACGCUGAUCAGGGCCUACGGCCCUGGUCUGAGCGGCGGCGUGGUCAGCUAUCCGGCCCUCUUCACGGUGGAGACGAACGGAGAGACCGGAGCACUAGGCUUCAGCAUCGAGGGACCGUCCAAAGCGGAGAUCGAGUGCACCGACAACGGCGACGGCUCCGCAGACGUCAGGUACUAUCCCACGCAACCUGGCGAGUACGCUGUGCACAUCCUCUGUGAUGACGAGGACAUCCCCAAGUCGCCCUAUAUCGCUCAAGUCCUGCCCAAGACUGAUUACCACCCUGAAAAGGUGGAGUGCCAUGGUCCAGGACUGGAGCGUGACGGCGUGAUGCUGGGAAAAGUGGCGCCCUUCACCGUGGACACCCGCAGCGCCGGCAGCGCCCCUCUGGACGUCCAAGUCAACGACGGCAGGGGUGACGUCGUCCCUGUGAACAUCAUCGACAACAAGGACGGCACCUACAGCUGCUCGUACAAGCCCAUUUCGGGCGCCAAGCACACCAUCCAGGUCAAUUACGGCAGCGUUCCGACCAAGAACAGUCCCUUCAGGGUGUACGUUGCCGAGCCGACCAACGCGGAUAACGUGCUCAUCUUUGGGCCUGGCGUCGAGAAGGGCAUCAAGUCCAACGCGCCCACGCACUUCAACGUCGACUGCAGACAAGCCGGGCCAGGUGAUCUGGAGGUGGUGUUGAAGAACGAAAGGGGCCUGGACGUGCCUCUGCAGGUCACGGACAACGAGGACAACACGUACACCGUGGACUACUGCCCGCCCACCGCCGGUAACUACACCAUCAUCUGCAGGUACGGCGGCAAGGAAGUGCCUCAGAGCCCGAUCAGGGUCGCCGUGCAGCCGUCGGUCGACGUGUCCAAGAUCAAGGUCGACGGACUUGAGCCAACCGCUCCGGUCAACAGUCUGCAGCAGUUCAGGGUGAUCACUCAGGGCGCGGGCAAAGCCGACUUUGCCGUCGCCAUCACCAGUCCGUCGGGCGCCAAAGUCAAGGCGCACGUGAUCCCAACGAGUGAAGGCUUCCUGGUCAACUUCACGCCGACCGAGCUGGGCGAGUACCUGCUCAGCGUGUCCUUCGGCGGAGAGCCGCUGCCGCAGGCGCCCUUCCGCUUCAUGUGCAUGCCGGGCAGCGACGCUAGCAAGGUUCGGGCGCACGGCCCUGGUCUUGAACGGGGCGCGGUGAACAAGCCGGCCGAGUUCGUGAUCGACACAAGGGGUGCGGGUCAGGGCGGCCUGGGGGUGACCGUGGAGGGGCCGUGCGAGGCGGCCAUCAACUGCCGCGACAACGGCGACGGCACCUGCUCGGUCGCCUACCUGCCCACCGAGAUCGGCGACUACAGCGUCAACAUCACCUUCAACGACCAGCACAUCCCAGGCUCGCCCUUCCAGGCCAUGAUCGUGCCCGAGGUCGACGUCAAGAAGAUCAGGGUGCUGGGCAGCGGCAUUCAGCCGCAUGGUGUGUUCGUCGACUCGCCGACCGAUUUCAUGGUUGACUCACGCGCCGUGAACAAGAACAACGACGGAAAGGUGUCGUGCACCAUCACCAAUCCAUCAGGCUCGCGGCUGGACAACCUGAUCACGCCGCAGCCCGACGGCACCUUCAAGAUUAGCUACACGCCGUUCGAGGAGGGCAACCACACCAUCGAGCUGACCUACAACGGCGUGCCCAUCCCCGGCUCACCCUUCAACGUCAACGUCAAGAGGGGAUGCGACCCCACUCGCUGCCGCGCCUACGGCCCCGGUCUCGAGAAGGGCCUCGUCGACAAGCCGAAUGUGUUCACUGUCGAGACCAGGAGCGCAGGCACUGGCGGUCUUGGAUUGGCCAUUGAAGGCCCCUCCGAGGCCAAGAUUUCCUGCAAGGACAACAGGAAUGGCUCAUGCACCGUUGAGUACACGCCGUCCGAGGCUGGAGACUACGAUGUUAGUAUUAGAUUUGCUGACCAACACAUCCCCGGAUCGCCUUUCAAGGUUCCUGUAGAAAAGUUUGUGGACGCCAGUUCCGUGACUGCAUACGGUCCUGGUCUGGAGCCUUCCAAAUGCCGAGCCGACGUGCCUUUGAACUUCAAGGUGGACGCCACCAAAUCUGGCAAGGCGCCACUCAACGUUGCCAUUCAGUCUGAAAAAGGAAACAUCAAGCCUGAGGUGAAAGACAACGGAGACGGCACCUACGACGUCACCUACUAUCCACCAUCUGCAGGCUCCAAUGUCAAAGCGAGCAUCAAGUACGACGGCAAAGACAUUCCCAACAGUCCUUAUCAGAUGAAAGUCCUGCCAACCGCCGAGCCAGAGAAGGUGAAGAUCACCGGUCCUGGCGUGGCCAACAAGAGCAUCCCUGCCUCGCUGCCCGUCGAAUUUUUCAUCGACGCCACCGACGCCGGCUACGGAGACCUGGAGGUCCAGGUUUUGGGCCCUGACGGCUACCCGAGGAACGUGAAAGUGGUCGAGAACGGUGACGGAACGUUCAAGGCGUCGUACAUCCCCGACGACUGCGGCAGAUACGUGAUCAACGUGUCCUACGCCGGACAAUUGCUCAACCGCAAUCUCGGCUCGCAGGCCCACGCCGUCGGCGAGGCCGAGAAAUGCAAAAUCACCGAGGGGAUCCAAACAGACCUGGCCAUUGGCGAGGAGUACUGCAUCACCGUCAACACCAAGGGCGCCGGCAGGGGUGCUGUCACCUGCAGGAUCAGGUCUACCUCCGACUCUGGAAGUGAUUUGGACAUUGACAUCGAGGACAACGGCGACGACACUUUCAGCAUUUACUACACGGUGAAGGACGCCGGCGAGUACACGCUGAAUGUCAAAUUCGGCGGGCAGCCCGUGCCCAACGGCUUCUACACUUUCACCGCUGGAAAAGAGGAAGCGGACUUCGUGAAGCGGUCCGUGCACAAAGACAGCAGCAGCCAGACGACCAGCAGCAGGAAGGAAAAGCAGCAGGGCUACCGAAUCGUCGAGCUCCAGAACAUUCCAUUGCCGUCGACUGGAGGCCACGUAUCAGCUGAAAUCAAAAUGCCAAGCGGUCAGAUUGACAAGCCUCAUAUUGAGGACAACAGAGAUGGAACUGUUAGCUUACGGUACGACCCCCGAGAGGAAGGUUUGCACGAACUCAGCGUCAAAUACAACGGAGAGCACGUUCAAGGAUCGCCUUUCAAAUUCCACGUGGAUUCCAUUAGCAGCGGAUAUGUGACCGCCUACGGUCCUGGCCUGACUCACGGAGUGUGCGGAGAGCCGUCCAACUUCACCAUCUCGACGAAAGGCGCUGGAGCAGGUGGACUGUCCCUUUCGGUGGAAGGUCCGAGCAAGGCGGAGAUUAGCUGUCACGACAACAAGGAUGGCACCGUCUCGGUAUCCUACCUGCCGACGGCCCCUGGAGAAUACAAAAUCUCGGUCCGGUUUGGCGACAAGCACAUCAAGGGCAGUCCGUACACAGCCAAGAUCACCGGCGAGGGACGCAAAAGGAACCAGAUCUCUGUGGGCUCGUGCAGCGAAGUGUCCCUGCCAGGAAAGGUGUCUGACCAGGAAAUCAGGUCGCUGAACGCCUCGAUCCAGGCGCCGAGCGGCCUCGAGGAGCCGUGCUUCCUCAAGAAGCUUCCCAACGGCAACCUGGGCAUUUCCUUCACGCCCAGAGAGAUCGGCGAGCACACCGUGUCGGUCAAGCGCAUGGGAAAACACAUCCAGAACUCGCCGUUCAAGAUCGAGGUGGCCGAGCGGGAGGUGGGAGACGCCAAGAAGGUCAUGGUCACCGGCAGGACGCUCAUCGAGGGCGAAACCCACGUAGACAACACAUUCACAGUGGACACACGCAACGCAGGGUACGGAGGUCUUUCGCUUUCCAUUGAAGGCCCCAGCAAGGCGGAGAUCCAGUGCAAGGACAACGAGGACGGCACCCUGAACAUCUCAUACAAGCCGACCGAGCCGGGCUACUACAUUGUCAAUCUCAAGUUCGCCGACCACCACGUCGAAGGCUCGCCGUUCACGGUCAAGGUCACCGGCGAAGGCUCCAACAGGCAGAGGGAGAAGAUCCAGAGACAGAGGGAAGCGGUGCCGAUCACCGAGGUUGGCAGCGAGUGCAAACUCACCUUCAAAAUGCCAGGAAUCACGUCGUUCGACCUGACGGCAACUGUGACCUCGCCGAGUGGAGUGACGGAAGACGCGACCAUCGAGGAGGUGGAGGACGGCCUCUACUCCGUGCACUUCAUUCCCAAGGAGCUGGGCGUGCACACCGUGUCUGUCAAAUACAAGGAGAUCCACAUUCCUGGUUCGCCCUUCCAGUUCACGGUUGGUCCGUUGCGCGACGGCGGCGCCCACCGCGUGCACGCCGGCGGCCCCGGCCUCGAGCGCGGCGAGCAAGGCCAGCCGUGCGAAUUCAACGUGUGGACCCGCGAGGCCGGCGCCGGAUCUCUCGCCAUUUCGGUCGAAGGCCCCAGCAAGGCCGAGAUCGACUUCAAGGACCGCAAGGACGGAUCCUGCUACGUCAGCUACACGGUCGCCGAACCAGGUGAAUACCGCGUCGGAAUCAAGUUCAAUGACCAACACGUGCCAGACUCGCCGUACAAGGUUUACAUCUCGCCGGCGCUCGGCGACGCUCACAAGCUCGAGGUGGCCCAAUUCCCCGACGCCGGAGUCCAGAUGGAGAAGCCAGCCGUGUUCUUAGUUCGCAAAAAUGGUGCCAAGGGAGAUCUGGACGGCAAGAUCGUGUCGCCGUCCGGAAUGGAAGACGACUGCUUCCUGCAGUUGAUCGACGCCGACACCUACUCCGUGCGGUUCAUGCCGCGCGAAAAUGGCAUCCACAACAUCCACUGCAAGUUCAACGGCGUCCACAUCCCUGGCUCGCCGUUCAGGAUAAAGGUGGGCAAGGAGGACGCUGAUCCGGCCGCCGUCCACGCUCACGGAAACGGACUCGAGAAGGUCAAAACUGGCCACAAGACGGACUUCAUAAUCGACACGUGCAACGCUGGAGUCGGCACCCUGGCCGUGACCAUCGACGGCCCUUCCAAGGUCUCCAUGGACUGCACGGAAGUGGAGGAAGGCUACAAAGUGCGCUACACACCGCUUGUGCCCGGCGACUACUACGUCAGCGUCAAAUACAACGGCUACCACAUUGUCGGCUCUCCCUACAAGGUGACAUGCACAGGUGACGACCUCGCGGAGAGAGGAGCGCAAGAAACCUCGUCGGUGGUGGUCGAGACUGUGCAGAAAAUUGGAAAGGGCAAACCUCUGGGGCCCGUGCUGCCUAACUUCAAGUCUGACGCCUCCAAGGUCACGAGCAAAGGCAUGGGUCUCAAGAAGGCCUACUUGCAGAAGCAGAAUCAGUUCACUGUCAGCGCAACAGAUGCAGGAAACAACAUUUUGUACGUGGGAGUAUACGGACCAAAGGGCCCCUGCGAGGAGGUGUACAUCAAGCACUUGGGCCGCAACAACUACCAGGUGAACUACGUGGUCCGGGAGCGCGGAGACUAUAUUGUGAUUGUGAAAUGGGGAGACGAGCACAUACCAGGGUCGCCCUACAAGGUCGACGUCUAAUUUCAAUCUAUCUGAUCAACGCCCAAGACAAUGAGGAUUAUUUUUGUAUGAGUCGCCUAACGCUGGAUGGAUGAAUGCUGCUGAGCAGAGUUUCACGCGCAAACCUGGUGUUGCUCCUCUCAGAUCACGCGCGCGCGCGCGACCACCUUUUUCGAGGUCGCCCGCCACGCACUAACACACACACAGAAUGGCAAAAUGUUGUUCGCAUUUAGAAAAGUAUCAUUAUAUCGAAUAAUUUAUUUUAUCUCCAGUGUUAUUGCUGUCGUUGUUGCUUAACUACGGUUUCAGUGCGUAUAGAUUUCUAUAUUUCUCUCUCGUUUUUUUUUGCCAUUCUCUGUAAAUAGCGCAAUUUUUGAAUCAAAGUGCCUACGUCGUACACGUUUUAAAUCGAUGGCCGAAGUGUUGUAUUCUCUCUGUUAUAUUUUAUGCUAAUUCUAUGCGGUAGAAGAGCUCAGUUUUAUUUCUACUAACAGCAGUAUCUUGCCAGCUCUUGUGUUCUACUCACACCUGCAAGCAGAUUCUCUUUCAAUUUUUAACGAGGGAAAUGAUCACUACACAAACAUGCAUACAUAUAUAAAUAUAUAUUUACCAUACAGGAAAAGUGCCUUGCAAGAUUUGCCGCUUGGGAGAUAUAUCAUUGUGAUUAAAGCUUAAUGAGAAUUACUGUCUAAGGAGAUCCAAAUUUGAAACUGUUGAUUGAAUUUUACUCUUAAUAUUGUGCAAUAUUGUUGUUUUAAUAAAUAAAAAUAAAUAAAUAAA